AAACAAAGGACUGAAAUUUAGUUUAGUUGGAUUGUUCGAGAAAGGGUUACGGGCUUUUCGCUCCUACAGAAAAUUACAACUUUUUGGAUGUUACAGUGUGAUAUUCAUAUGAAAAAUGCUUGAGAAAAUCUGGAAACUGUUGUCAUACUGGUACCUACAGUAUGAACUCGUUACGUGUAUGUACGUUUUCGAGCCAUGGGAAAAGAAGUUACUGAAUGGGAUGAUUGUUCUCAUUGUAGCACUUAUUUGCUAUUCGUCGUAUGUUUAUCUACCACAUUACACAAUGUCGCUGCUGGCACAUUUCAGGAUUUUUGACAGCAGUAGCUUAGGAGUUGACUAUCACUACACAAGUAAUAGGGAUAGAUAAUUGGAACAUUUCUAUUAACAGUAUUGAAUAGACUGAGAAACAGAUAUCCAUUGAUGUCAUGUACUGUUCAUAUUCCUUGUGAUGCACCUUAACAUUUGUAAAUAAUUAAAGUCUUGUAUUUUUUAUAAAGCAUGUAUCUAUUGUUUUUUAAACCCAGUACCAGUCGCAACUGUAUUAUAAUGUCGUGCACCCAAAUGUUGGAAAUGUAUAAUAAUUGAUGAGAGAGAAGAAUGCUGUAGUUUAUUAGAUUACUAGAACUUGACAGGUGCUGAUUAUUUUGUACAUAAGGCUGAUAAGUAAUUGAUGUGUGUUAAUAUGUUGAGCCGUACUUAAUGUUUCCUUUUUUUCUGAAAAGAAGGAAAAUACGUAACACAGUGAUUUAAACUCUUUAUUUGUAAAAAGUUUUGUUACAUACUGGUGAUUUCUUAAGUUUUAAGUAAGAUUGUAAUGACGGUAAUAACACUUAAGCAAAAUUGUGCCAAGCUUCUCCUCAGUAAUGAGAAAACUCAGUGAAGACUGGAUCUAUGUUUAUAUUCCAUACAGUUAUUUUGAUUAGUAAUUUGAAAAUAUGGGAGAAUAAUUCUCAAACGUAGUUGUACAAUAAUUCAUUUACUAAUUACAAUCUUAUAUUUUUGAAGCCGCAUUUGUUUCCAAAGCUAAAGUUUCUACUGUAUCAACUUACAAUAAAGAGUUUGAUGAAUGA